CACAUAUAAAUGAUUCAGAGCGAGCGAGCGAGCCUCUGAUCGGCUUCCGCAGUGGGGUGAGGCCGGAGAAAAUGAUCGUUUGUGUUGCCGUCGUUGGUCACCAGAACAACCCGCUGUAUAUUCAGAGCUUCACUGAAGCCGACGAUGCUCUCAAGCUCCAUCAUAUCGUCCACUGCUCCCUUGAUGUGGUUGACGAGCGAGUGAACAAUCCCAAGAAGACUGGACCGAUGCUGAAUGAGACGUUCCUGGGUCUGCUCUAUCCUACUGAUAACUAUAGGGUCUAUGGUUAUCUGACUAAUACAAAGGUGAAGUUUAUCUUGGUCACAACAGAUCUGGAUGUCAGAGAUGCAGAUGUAAGAAAUUUUUUCAGGAAAUUCCAUGCUGCAUAUGUAGAUGCGGUUUCAAACCCAUUCCAUGUGCCAGAUAAAAAGAUCACCUCUAGAACUUUUGCAGAAAGGGUGAGCACAAUUGUCAAGUCAUUUGGAUUAAGUUCCACCGGCUGAGCCUAGAUAAAUGUUGAUAUUUCUCAUACAACGCUCUUUCUUCUCCCCAAGAAAAGGUGUCUUUUUGCCUCAUAAUUUCUGUUCCUUAGGAGUUACUCUCUGGUAAAAUUGCUUAUCAAAUGUGGAUGUCUGUGAACAUUUGAAACAACACCCCUUGUAUCAGCAUUCAAUAUAUAAAUUCCAAAUCUUCAAAACUCCACAUGCAAUUUGCCUAAUGGAUAAUUUGAACAAUCCCAUUUAUCUUCCAUUUGGCUU